AUGCACAUUGUGAGUGCACUCGUUGCGGCGGCCGCCUUUGUCGCCGUCGACGCCGUCGUCCCCGAGCACAAGAUCGCGUCUCUGCCCGGCUACGCUGACGACAUCAGCUUUGACCAGUACGCGGGCCACCUCUCGCUGCCGUCGAACGGCCAGAAGAUGUUCUACUGGCUCGUCGAGUCGGAAGAAAGUCCAUCGACGGCGCCGCUCGUGCUCUGGCUCAACGGCGGCCCUGGCUGCUCGUCGCUCGGCGGCUUCUUCACGGAGCUCGGCCCGUUCGUCGUCAACAGCGACUUGAGCGUGCAGCGCAACCCGUAUGCGUGGAACCGCAAGGCCAACAUGGUCUUCCUCGAGUCGCCGGCAGGCGUCGGCUUUAGCACACCACUGCUCAACGCAACCGACUACAAUGACGACUUUACUGCCAACCGCACGUACGAGUUCCUCGAGCAGUUCUUCGCGGCGUACCCCUCGUACCACGGCCGGGACUUUUAUAUCACGGGCGAGAGCUACGCGGGCAUUUACAUUCCGUACUUGGCCGCCAAGCUCGUGAUGUCGCCCUUGCCGUCGAUGACCUUCAAGGGCGUCGCAAUCGGCAACGCGUACACGGACGUCGCCGUUGAAGCGCCCGCAUUUUUCGAGUACAUGUACAGCCACGCGCUCAUCUCGUACGAGACGCACGCCUCGAUCCAAAAACACUGUGGCAAAGAGGGCAUCAUCGGAUGCAUCACUGGCAACAAGACGACGUGCACAAAUGCGUGCGCGCAGCCGCUUGUCGAAGGCUACCUCGAGUCCGACUCGUUUGCGAUGGACCCGUACUAUAUCUACGGCGACGUGUGCCAGCUCUCGAGCAGCCAAGCGUCGUUGCUGCCGUCGCCGUCGCUGCGUCCGAUGCACCGCGGCGUCAUCGGGCCGUGUCAAGCACAGUACACGGCAUCGUACUUGCGCCAAGCCGCGGUGCAAGUCGCGAUCCACGCGUCUGAUGACGUUGUCGAGUGGACGGACUGCAGCGGCGACGUGUCAAUGGCCUACCACAGUAGUCCGUCCUCGCUGCCAAAGUACCCCACGAUCCUCCAGUCGGGUCUCAAGGUCCUCAUCUACAGCGGCGACGCUGACACGGUCGUCAACUUUAUGGGCACGCAGCGCUGGCUCGCCAACGAUGGCCUCAACUUGUCCGUCGAGAGCAAGUGGAAGGCGUGGUUCGGCCCGGACAAGCAGCUCGCGGGCUACACGGAGGGCUACACCAACCUUACGUUUACGACGAUCAAGGGCGCGGGCCACAUGGUGCCGGCGAUGCGGCCUCUCCACGGCCUCUACAUGUUCGAGUGCUUCCUCUUUGGCAACGACGUCUGCAAGGCAUUCUCGUACCCUGUGGACGACUUUGAACUGCUGACAGGCGCCGCCGUCACCAAGCAAGACGACGUUACGACGACGAGCAGCGCGUCCACGAGUGCCACGUCAUCCCCCGCCAUCUUGUGGAUUGGCGGAAUUGUUGGUGGCCUUCUCGUUGUGGGCGGAAUUACCUUGUACGCCUACAAGCGCACAGCCCGUCGCGCCGAGUACACGCACCUCACUGCUUGAAGCAGAUUGCCACCCAUUUCCUCCCCUUUGGACGCGCUUGUAAAACGUUAGUGUCUCGCUUGCUUUUGUCUAAAACUCUGAAAAAUGUCACUCAGUUCAAAUGGC